UCUAAAAGUAAUAUGAUUUAUUAAAAAAAUAAAAACUCUUAUGAAGUAUUCAAUAAUAUGUAUUCGUAUGUUUUUGAAAGAACAAAUAAUCUAUAUUUAUAUUGAUUAUUAAAAAACAGAAAACUAGUUAUGUAAUAUUCUCAUAUUAUGAUGGUGAUAAUAUUUACACUUAUUAAUUUAUUUUUUUAUAAAAAGUUGCAAAAAUCCUUUUAAAAGGAAAAAAAAAAAAAAGUAAUAGCAGAGUAAAUGGCAACGAAUCAAGAAGCAGUUACUGAUCGUUUGGGAUAUAGUUAGAAAUUUGAAAUUAGGAGACAGUUAUUGCAAAACGUAUAUAAAAACCCCAUACUCAAAGAACACACCAUUAAAAAUAUCUCAGUUUCUUAUUAAUCCGACAUCAAAAGAGAAUAGCAUCACAUUAAUUCCUGUUUAUUUUUGCUGGCUUUUGAUUUGGCAACAUGGAGCAGACUGGCCAAGAUAUUGGAAUUAAAGUCUACACCGCAUCUCCUAGAAAUGACGAUAAUCCGGUAAUCACACCAUUCUCAUCUUCUUCCGUAACCCAAGCCCCUAAAGAACCGGGAAGGAAAAGGCAAGCAAUGGCAAAAGGAGUGCAAAAAACACUUUCAAAAACCUCAAUGCUUGUAAACUUCCUUCCGACAGGAACUCUUUUAACCUUUGAAAUGAUUCUUCCAUCUGUAAUCAAGAAUGGAGAGUGUACUCAUGUUUCUAUUCUCAUGCUUCUACUCCUCCUUGGCCUCUGUGCUGUUUCUUGCUUUUUCUUUCAUUUCACUGACAGUUUUAAAGGCCCGGAUGGGAAAGUUUACUAUGGCUUUGUUACACCCAAAGGGCUGGCUGUUUUCAAGCCUGGACUCGGUGUCCAAGUGCCUAAAGAUGAAAGGUAUAAAGUGGGAUUGACUGAUUUUGUUCACGCUAUGAUGUCGGUGUUGGUUUUCGCUGCGAUUGCUCUCUCUGAUCAUAGGGUGACUGAUUGUCUGUUUCCUGGACAUGUGAAGGAGAUGGAUCAAGUAAUGGAAAGUUUCCCUAUCAUGGUUGGUAUAGUCUGCAGUGGCCUGUUUCUUGUAUUCCCUAAUACUCGAUAUGGCAUUGGUUGUAUGGCUAAUUGAUUAGAAUUGCUUCUGUGAUAUUGUUUGAGAGUUUAUUGAAUGUUGUCAGUUUUGGUGUUUCCGUGUUGGUUUAUUAAAGAGUAGGGUUUGGUUCCCCAUGUAUUAUUGUUGUUUGAUUACUCUGUUCGAAAUAACACAAGGUGUGUAUUUAUUCCUUU